GCACAAUUCAGUUUAUUUCCACGCCUACCCCCAGAGGUUCGCCACCAGAUAUGGCUCGAAGCUCUCUCCAAACACUCCGAACCCGGCGAGGCCCCGCUCUUCUACUUCAAAAAGGGCUGCUGGCGCUUCCGAUAUCUUAAACCCGGAGAAGAGGGGUGGGAGCCCGGGGACAACAACUUGUACCUCGGGUUUGAACAUGAACGUCUCGACCCCCUGAGAUAUGACCACCCCUUGUUCCACGUAAACUGGGAAGCCCGCAGCGCUGGUCGGCUCUGGGCCAGGUCUCGCGGAGUAAAGGAAGACGCCCCCCUUCUGAUGACCCGGUCAUUCGACAUUGACCGCGAUACGCUUUACGUAUCAGGGGGAGAGCUCGGCGAUCUCAUUGCCGAGCCAAUAGAAAAGCCCUGGGAAGAGGAAAUAUUUGAAAUGUUCAGCACCAAUGGCCCGUUCUGGCGCUCGCUGGCGCUUCCGUUUUGGUUGCUAAGGGAUAAUCCGACUGAGAUGGCGGAGCUGUCUAUGGGAUAUGACAAAAUAAGCGUAAUAUAUGUUAUU